AUUUCUAAUCCCAUGAACCAUUGACCAGCCAUGCUUUGAGGCAAAGAACUCCGAUCUUGGGAUGAAGGAUCUUCCCACGUUCCUGGGAGAGAAGAUGAGGAGCUACCUGGAGAGUGAUUGGCCAGCUGUAUCAAAUAAGGAAACAAUGUUUGUCUAGGCUGGGUUGGGACUCUUAGAAUAACUCUGGAUUUGUCCUUUUUUAUUUUUUUAGUAGGACUUUGGUAGAGGAGUUGAGGGGAACACAUACAGUAGACCUGAUGACCACUGAAGGUGAAAGGCAUCCCCCAAGGAUCAGUGGUUCAGCCCGCCUCCGGAGCAGAACUGGGCGCCCCAUUGCCGGAAUAGUGAUGAAGUAUGAUGAGAUCUAUCUCCCACUCAUGGUCUUGAGAGUAGUGCCUGCUGAGUGUGUCUGCUGUCACAUUCUGAACUCCUGGGAGGGUCUGACAGAAGUUGAGCUUCCUCCUUGGUGCUGGGUGCAGCAAUCUGCCUGCAGAGAACAAUGGCCACAGAAGAGCAGCACUGGCCAGUCCCAAUGAAGGCAAUUGGAGCACAGAACCUACUGACAAUGCCUGGGGGAGUUACCAAGUCAGGAUACCUGCACAAAAAAGGAGGCACCCAGCUGCAGAUCUUAAAAUGGCCACUGAGAUUUGUGAUUAUCCAUGAGGGAUGUAUUUACUACUUUAAGACUAGCACAUCUGCAUCUCCACAGGGUGCUUUCUCUUUAAAUGGCUAUAACAGGGUUAUGCGGGCAGCGGAGGAGACAACAUCAAACAACGUGUUUCCUUUCAAAUUAGUUCAUAUUAGCAAGAAGCACAGGACCUGGUUUUUUUCUGCCUCCUCCGAAGAUGAAAGAAAGAACUGGAUGGUCUCACUGAGGAGUGAAAUAGAUUACUACCAUGACAAGAAGGAAACAAUAACAGAUUUAAGUGACUCUGGUUCUGAUGCAGACAGUUUCUAUGGCUCAGUAGAACGCCCCAUCAAUAUCAACUAUUCUCAUUCAACAGAAAAUGAAGAUUAUGACCAGGAAGAAGAUGAGGAAUCUUACUUACAGCCAGAUUCUACGGAUUUAGUUAGACCAGAUGAUAACAUGAUCCUCCCGCCAGCCUAUCCACCACCUCCAGUUCCUCACAUCAGAAAAGUUGCCUAUGCAGACACAAGGGUGCACUCCUUCGCAGGCCAGCCCACAGGGCCUAUGCUUCCUCCACCACCUCCUAAAAGAAGCUUACCUGAUAUAAAACCAGAGGACCUCUUAAAUAUAAGGGGAGAAUCCCAGUUUCACUGCAGAACCGAGUCAAACCUAAAAAUACUGCCAUCAAACCGUAGAGUAAGUGACCUACCACCGCCGGUUCCCCCUAUGCCUCAUCUCAAAAAUCCUGCCUGUGUCAAAGAAAGCUGCUUGCCCUCAGCAGAGAUUCUACCUCUAGCCCGCAUUUUAACGGCCAGUGAAGGAUGUGAAAGGCUAAAACAAUUGAACCUUUCCCCACGGGCCCCACCUCCAUUACCAAUCAACAAACCCAAGCUAUCAGAAUUAACGGAGAAGCCAGUGGAGGCCAAAGUGCCAAAAGAACGCAGCAAACCUGGGAUGUUUAUUCCACAAGUGCCAGUGGAGGCCAGAGCACCAAAAGAACAUGGCAAACCUGGACUGUUCGUGCCACAAGUGCUACCUAAACCGCCUGUGCCUGUAUUCAAAUCUAGAUCAGAGAAAUCUUUACUUCCCCAGUUACAGAGAUCACCACCAGAUGGGCAGAGUUUCCGAAGCUUCUCAUUUGAGAAACCAGCAUUACCUUCAAAGCAAAACAAGUCUGGUGAAGAUUCAGAUGAAGAUUAUGAAAAAGUUGAGCUGCCUAAUUCAGUAUUUGUCCAGACCUAUGAAUCCAUUGAAGUAGAAAGGAUGUUCAAAUCUACCAACCCAAGAGGACCCCCACAAAAUGGAUUAUACUGUAUUAGGAAUUCAUCUACCAAGCCUGGAAAGGUAUUAGUUGUAUGGGAUGCAUCUGCUGAGAAAGUGAGAAACUACAGAAUCUUUGAAAAGGAUUCACAGUUUUACUUGGACUCAGAAACCAUGUUCUGGAACGUUGGAAGUUUGGUUGAAUACUACUGCACCCAUGUCUUACCCAGCCAUGACAGCUUGAUUCUCAAAUGUCCUUAUGGCUACUGUGGACCCAGGUGACACAGCCUGCAAAAUUAACUGACUGUAAGAUCAAACACACUGUGGAAAAAUGGGCACUUACAGGGAUGGUACUUUUUUCCCCAAAAUUAAAUAGGAAUUCCCAUGCCACUGGGUUUGAUUUCCUGAACUUUGCACACACAGACUGUUUCUGCCAUUUGUUCUCCCACUGCCUACAGACUUGCAUUUAAGUAUCUCUUUGAUAAGCCCUUCCGAACCAGACUGCUGGAUUUCAGACCCUCAUUACAGCUCUUUCUGUGAAAAAGGGCUGAUCUGGCUAUGCUGUGAAAGGUAUUUACAAGACGUGCCUUUUGAGGAGCUGCUGCUGCUACUUUCCUAAUCGUGUGGAUGUGAAGUUGGAGGAAGGAUCUGGCCAAAGAGGCGUUGUGGACAAAACUAUUAGGAAAGGAGAACUUUUGAAAGGAAAGCACUGUCCAUUUGUGACAGAGAAUACUAAUUUUCUGACUCGUAUUGCUCCUUGAGUCAGUACUGGUGCUUGACUGAGAUUUUGUAAUAGUUUAUAAUUAAUCUGUAAAUAACAAGGAUGCUUAUGGAAUAACUUGGUUCAAUGUGGAUAUAGGAAAUCA